CCCGGGAUCCGCGGCGCGCACCCCGCCCUGCCGUGCCCGCCCCCGGCGCUCGUGCGCCCGCCUGCGGUUCGUCUGCGCCGCCCUGGAGGCCGCGACUUCCGGACUGCUCCUGGCCGCAGGGGGCGCCGCCGUAGCACAGAGAGGCCUGGGCGGGGCGGACCGGCGCUGGGCAGCCGGGACAGCCGCGGCAGCCGGGUCCGCAGGGCAGCAGCCGGCCUCUCCCAUUGCAGCCCGCCCGCCCGCCUACCGGUCCGGCGCGAUGGCGGGGAGUAGCUCCCUGGAGGCGGUGCGGAGGAAGAUCCGGAGCCUGCAGGAGCAGGCAGACGCCGCAGAGGAGCGCGCGGGCACCCUGCAGCGCGAGCUGGACCACGAGAGGAAGCUGAGGGAGACCGCUGAAGCCGAUGUAGCUUCUUUGAACAGACGCAUCCAGCUUGUUGAGGAAGAGUUGGAUCGUGCCCAGGAGCGUCUGGCAACAGCUUUGCAGAAGCUAGAGGAAGCUGAGAAGGCAGCAGAUGAGAGUGAGAGAGGCAUGAAAGUCAUUGAGAGUCGAGCCCAAAAGGAUGAAGAAAAAAUGGAAAUUCAGGAGAUCCAACUGAAAGAGGCCAAGCACAUUGCUGAAGAUGCCGACCGCAAAUAUGAAGAGGUGGCCCGUAAGCUGGUCAUCAUUGAGAGUGACCUGGAACGUGCAGAGGAGCGGGCUGAGCUCUCAGAAGGCCAAGUCCGACAGCUGGAAGAACAAUUAAGAAUAAUGGAUCAGACCUUGAAAGCAUUAAUGGCUGCAGAGGAUAAGUACUCGCAGAAGGAAGACAAAUAUGAGGAAGAGAUCAAGGUCCUUUCCGACAAGCUGAAGGAGGCUGAGACUCGGGCUGAGUUUGCGGAGAGGUCAGUAACUAAAUUGGAGAAAAGCAUUGAUGACUUAGAAGACGAGCUGUACGCUCAGAAACUGAAGUACAAAGCCAUCAGCGAGGAGCUGGACCACGCUCUCAACGAUAUGACUUCCAUGUAAACGUGCAUCCACUCUGCCUGCUUACACCCUGCCCUCAUGCUAAUGUAAUAAACUCACCACCAUCCCUGCCUUGCUCCCUGAUCUCCAUCUUUGCACUCUUGUGUUCACCCUUUUUGUCAUAACCUAGAAUAGUUAUUGUUUUUUCACUUUCUACUAAUAUAAAGGCCAACUAGAUUAAGUGUCUAUACAAACCGUUUUCUUUUCAGAAUCUUUUUAUUUUGUAAGUGCUAAACUAGAGCAGUGAACUAGAAUGAGUGACCUUGAACACUAUCCUUUUGGAAAAUUAAGCUAAACUCAAGUAAAACUAGACGGCCAUGCCAUUUGUUGUACAGGAACGUCUCAAGAAAUAUCAAAACUUUGUUUCCUGACAUUCAACUAAGUACAACAUAAUCAUUUUCAUAAAAUAAAUAGAAAUUGAAGGAACCCUUAAAGUGUCAGGUUAUUGAGAAUCUGAGGACAAGGAAAUUGGCAUGAUCCAAUACAGCCCUAACAGUGGUACUAUAAGAGAUCAUCUCUUUUAAGAAUUCUAGAGUAGACCAGGCACAGUGGCUCACGCCUGUAAUCCCAGCACUUUGGGAGACCGAGGCGGGCGGAUCACGAGGUCAGGAGAUUGAGACCAUCCUGGCUAACAUGGUAAAACCCCAUCUCUACUAAAAAUACAAAAAAAAUUAGCCGGGUGUGGUGGCAGGCGCCUGUAGUCCCAGCUACUCAGGAGGCUGAGGCAGGAGAAUGGCGUGAACCCAGGAGGCGGAGCUUUCACUGAGCCGAGAUCAUGCCACUGCACUCCAGCCAGGGUGACAGAGCCAGACUCUGUCUCAAAAAAAAAAAAAAAAAAAGCAAAGAAUUCUAGAGUAAAAAGAACCCUCUGCUGAGUAACCAAGCCUUUAAUUUUCUGUUUUCAUGAAAAGAAUUAAAAUACCCACGAUAAAUACCGCAAUCUGUGUCAAAGAAAUGGGAAAUUCAACACAGAUUGUACAAUGUGAGCUUGGGAGUUAAUGGCCUAGAUUUUACUGUUAGGCAGUAAGAGUUGGAGUAGGUAGUCUUGUUAUCAUGAGAAGAACCUUCAACAGAUACAACUAAUUUACGUAUUACUAACCAAACUUCAAUAUUAAACUUUUCCUACUGCUUUAAAUUCUAACCUGGAAUGUUUCAGAGUUCUUCAUUCUAAUAUCACCCUAAAUUCCACUGAAGCUGGAAAUGUCAUUUUCCAAGCCCACCUGUCAUUCAUUUACCCAUGCAGGAAAAAUGGUAACUUGAAGAGUAUGGCAUGUGCCUGUGGCCUUAGAGGUUAUAGAAUCCCCACACUCAACAAAAGAGCCCCUAGAGACAUGACUGUUGCCAUGGAAACCAGAGAACAGUCUAUCUUCUCAUCCCUCAUUUGUAAAUGAGGGGGUGGAGCCGAUCAUCUGUCUCUAAGGUCUUUUCCAGUACUAAAAUGUGGUGAUUCUUUGGGAAAAACUUUUUGCAUCAAGUAUGAUUAAAUAUUCUGAAAGACGAGUGUAGCUUAAAAUUUGUUUUUAAAUUCUGUUCAUGGGUUUUCUUAAAAUGGACCCUUGCUGAAAGGCGGCCUGUGACAGCCUCAGGUGGGACGACCUUCCAAGGGUGUGGCUGGCAGUGGGUUUUGCAUGACUGUCUUCUUGUCUGUGUUUCAGGUGCUGUCAUCUAUUGGUUUGGUUUUCUUUUUUCUUUUUUUUUUUUUUUUUCUCAUUGCGCCACUUUUUUUUUCUUCCCACCUUUUUAUCUUCACGCAGAUAAGUUUCUUUGCUUCACUUCUCCCAAGACUCCCUCGUCGAGCUGGAUGUCCCACCUCUCUGAGCUCUGCAUUUGUCUUUUCUCCAGCUGACCCUGGUUCUCUCUCUUAGCAUCCUGCCUUAGAGCCAGGCACACACUGUGCUUUCUAUUGUACAGAAGCUCUUCGUUUCAGUGUCAAAUAAACACUGUGUAAGCUAUUUCUGUUUGCUAUUCUUUUUACUUCUUAUUUAUUGACAUUUUAGUUUCAGCAUUGAAUAAAACUACAAAGCUGCCUCACACAUAUGAGGGUUAGUGUUUGGCUGCUGCUUUCUUUUUCUUUUUAAAUUCUGAAUACUAUACAGAAUUAUAUCAGGAGUUUCUGAAGGAGUGGUUCCUUGUUGAACUUUAAAAAAAUACCCAGGCCUGCAUCCCUCUGUUUUUCAAAGGUUAGAAUGAGGUCUGGACAUCUGUGGGGGUUUUGGGGGAAUUGUGAUGGCUCUGCUUUGGAGUCUGGGACACACAGGGGACAUUGCUUGUUGAGAGUUGAAAGGUCUGGCUUGAUCAGUGUCUUCCUUUGCUGGAGGUUUAGCUCAGGAUGUAGUGACCCCUCUAUGUUGAUGUUUCGGUGGCCCCGCUUAGGAGGACCUGGCUAACUAAUCAAAGGCUCAUGAUGAAUGGUUCCGUAGCUGUCCCAUAUUACCAGGAAGUUAUACAUUGAGAAGGGUGAAACAGAAUUUGGAUUCAAACAAUGUAAGUUUUGGUUAUUGUCGAUCAUCCUUUUAUAGCACAAAGAAAAGUUCAAGCUUUUUUGAAGUAUAUUCAUGACUCAGCCACUUUUAUUUUGAUCAUGAAAAUGACACCUUAGGUUUUCUAAAUAUGAUUACUCUGGUCAGUCAUGAUUUGUGAUUUUUAGCACAUACUCUUUUGGAGGGAUUGUUCAUAAUCUUUGUGUUCAAUGGCUGUGUUUUCAUUUGUGGACAUUUUUAAAAUACAGCAAUGAAAGUUUCUUUUUUUUCUUCCCAAAAAGAUAGUUGGUGGAAAUUGUUCAGAAGACAAUUGUAUUUCAUUUGGGCUUCUGUUUUAUUUCACAAACAGCAAUUAACUGUUUUUUUUUAAAAAAUACAUUGUAAAAAUUAGAACUUUAACUUAUAUGGACUUUAGUGUCAUAAUCCCCAACAUUUCUCCUUCCUCAACAAUCUAGCUAUAUAUUUCUCCUGGUUUUCUUUUUUAACAUGGAUGAUCUGCAUGUUUCGUAUAUAGUUUUUGUAGCCCGAGAGGGCUGAUACACCACCAUACUGAAAUAAAUUUGGACAAACUUAGAAGAUAGUGUCAUUCUCACUCUAAAGAGACUUCAAAGCAUAGCGGAAAUACUUUUUUAAAAGAAAGCUGAGAAUUAAAGUAUUGUGGUCGUAGUAUGGUGGACUUUUAGAAUCUGGACAGUGUCUCUCCCUUGAGUGUAUAAAGACUUCUAUGAUUUCAUGUUUUUCUUUUCUUAAGGCUCCUUGGGCCUGCUUCUAUGAUUCCUUCCUUGUUCUUUUUUAAAUUCAGAAUAAGAGAAGAGUACCCUUCUUUGAGUAAAUCCUGCUUCCUGACGUAGACAAAAUGCCAAGUCUGAAAGUUCUGCUGAGCAGAUGUUCAUGUAAUUCUGGAGGCACAUCAGUUUUUUGGAAAUCCUUCCAGAGACUUUCACACUUUUUAUCAGUACACUCUACAAGGGGAAGUGGGGCACUAAUGGACUGGGAGGGCAGGUCAGGAGUAGCCCAAGGUGUGCACGUGCAAGAGGCAAACAGCAAGUCAAGUUUAUCAAGAAAUCGUUGGAGCCCAGGCUUCUGGUUCAAAGGGCCAGGUCAUAGCUACAGCUGCUCCAGUGGAGGCCAAACCAAAAGCAUCACUGAGUUUGGGCACUUGAAGCUUCAGACAGCUGGGAGUCUCCAUAGAAUGGGAGGGAAAACACUUCCAAGGAUAUGAGCAUGUCUUGUGCCUGCCUUUCGGCCACCCACGCACACCAGCUCCACAGCAGCUAAAGCAGAGCAGGUCCAGAGGAGGCUGUCGGAGGGACCGCUGUCCUUCCUGCUGAGUUCACACUGACCCUCUGGAUUCUCCAGAUUUUCGCCAAAGUUCUUCCAUUCUAGCCUGGCCAAACAUUUGGGCUCAGCAAACUGAGACACGCUCCCUACCCAUGGCGACAGUUCCCUGUGUCCGUAGUGUGAAUGUAGUCAUGGGAUUUAUGUCUUGCAACCCCCAAGCAUAUGUCACUUGCAAAACACCGUGGGAAGCAGUGGGGGUGUGUAAAGAGAUGGGCUGGAAAGGCUCUUUGCCCUCAAUGAGCUGGCCAUCUGGUGGGGAGAUAGAGGAGUGAAGCGAGUCCGAACUCAUAGGCAUGUGCAUUUGGAGCGAACAAGGAAGAGAGAACUAUUCUGACUGGGAGCUCCCUGGAGGAGGUAGCCGACAUUUGACCGGGGUUUUGUGUAUUCAGAAAAUGUGGAUGAGUGAGGAGGACAGAGCAGCAGAUAUUCCAAGCGAGAAAACAUAACGAGCAUAGCAUCCUCCCAUGUCUUACCGUUUAUGAGAGAAUGUUAAUGUGAGAACUGCUCAAUCUCCCGACAGACCUGGGGGCUGCGGGCCCAUUUUCCCCAGGGGUAGGACUGUUAGCUUUUCAAGAUCAUGAAGUAUUUCUAGGUCCAAGUUGUCGCCAGUAUUCAAAGCCACCCUGCGUCCUCCGGCUGUUGCCAGUGCAUAGCAGGCUCUUGCUUGUCAUAGCGUGGGUGACCCCUGGAUCGUCAGAUACAGACACUCCUGCAGUUGUUUUCCCCCAGAAGCAGAUCACGUGUCGGUGUGUAAAAUGUAUAUCACGCUGGUCUUCAUGUAGGUGUUGCAAGUUCUGUUCAUUUUAUACACAUCCAUUAG